AUGAUCGCGUACCACCGCGUGGGGUAUCGUGUUUACUUCGGGGUGCGCUCUGGCGCGUUCCUAGAAGUGUUCGUGGACCCUGUGCACCCCUGCGUAGCUCAAUCAUUCGAUCUCAAUUGUUCUCUCCCGAAAAGCAAACUCACUCACUCACAUCUUUCACUUAUCUUCCACAUGGUACAACCUUCCGAUGAUACCUCCCGCUCUCGACACCACAGGACGGCUUAUAUCCCGGGUGGGGAUCUUUUCAUUGAGGUGCAGUCCUUCACACUUAUAGACAGAACGCUGUUUCGCGUUCACAGUCAUUUUUUCACCCGCGAUUCACAACUUUUCAACGCCAGAUUUAAUCCGUCCGCCACCCCUGGCGUCCCCCGAGAAGGAACCUCGCAAGGUAGCCCUUUCAGACUGCAAAACGUAACAGUGGGCGAUUUUGAGAAAUUUCUAUGGGUUUUUUACAACCCAACCUACUCCCUCUAUGAAGCCGACAUCAAGGACUGGAUCCGCAUCUUGGAGCUGGCGAACAUGUGGAGUUUUGUUGAGGUGAAGGCUUUUGCGCUGCGGGAGCUGGAGAAAAAAGAGGACGGCUUGGACGUGGUUCAGCGCAUUGUCCUCUACCGGCAAAAUCAAAUCGAGGAGAGACACAUUCACCGUCACUACGUCUCAUUGUGUGCCCGCGAUACCGUCCUCACUCUCGAAGAGUGCCGGGCUCUUGGGUUGGAGACUACUCAUCUCAUAUCCGCCGCUAGAGAGAAACUUAGAGCCGCUCCCUCAGAUGGGGGAACGAGUCCCCUGCCGCAGGGUAUCGAGCCUGAGGACGUCCAGAGGAUGCUUUCAACUCUGGUCAACAGAAAUUAAUCCAUACGAACACAGGCAGUCGGGUUGCACUUAACCGACAGACUUCAAUCGAGAAUACCUUAACAUGAGAGAGAAUAUAUUAUUUUGGAGCUGCUUUUUGAUAACAAACAUUCUCAGCAUUC